UCAUGAGUGAAUCAAGAGCCAGACAAUAUUUCGCCAAAGAAUGUGAAGAUGCUCUGAACAAACAGAUCAACAUGGAACUGCAAGCUGCAUACGACUACAUGGCAUUCUUCACCUACUUCGAUCGAGAUGAUGUCGCCUUCCCGAAGGCUGCUGAAUUCUUCCGAAAGGCAUCACAUGAAGAACGUGAGCACGCUGAGAAAUUGGCGAAGUAUGUGAACAAGCGUGGUGGUCGUGUUCAGUACAGCGGUAUCAAGACUCCAACGAAGACGGAAUUCAGCGGUUUGGAGGAUGCGAUGAAUACUGCACUUGCAAUGGAGAAGGCAGUAAAUGAAUCACUACUGAAAUUACACGGAGUGGCAGUGAAGAACAAUGAUCCAGCAUUAACAGAUCUUCUUGAAAGCGAGUUCCUGCAUGAACAAGAAGAUGCAAUCAAACAAUUCGCCGACUAUAUCACACAGACAAAGCGAGUUGGCAGUGGACUUGGUGAAUAUUUGUUCGACAAGCUGACACUAAAUGAAUGAAUGAAUGAGUGAAUGAAUGAAUGAAACUUAUUUGUAUACCACUGACAUUGUUAAUGAUCUGCACACUUUUUUAUUUCUGAAGUAGUGUGGUUUUGUAAAUACAUUAAUAUUUUAUUCCG